CUGGAACUCCAUUACUCUGCAUCUCCUCUGUGCGAUAAAAUUCUCUGUUGCAAAAAAAAAAUUAUGACAGUUCAAAAAUAUGAAAAGUGCUUUAGAAAUCAAAGUUUUUUAUGUGCCCAUUAUAGUGUGGAUUAUUUUUUGUGCCUGCCAUUUUGGAAUAAAUUUAAAUAAAAUGGUUGUGUAAAAGUUUUCACAAAUCUUGAAUAAUUUUUAUCAGUUUAUUUCAACUCUUUAUCCGAUACUCGAUUUUAUCUAAAUACAUUUGUAUUUACAUACGACGUGAGGGUUAAGGCCGAUGAUUCAAAGAUGAAAGGCAAAUUCCGUUAUUUAUGUCUGUUUGUUCUCGUGUCUACGAGUUUCACAGUGAUCAUGGAGCCUAAGGAACAUAUCACUCUGGAUAACGAACAUUCCUAUAGCUUCAAUGAAGCUCUCGGUGUAUGUCUCGCGAAGAAGGAACACGGUACAAUCGAAUGCGUAAAUCGUGGUAUUCUAAGUGCUUUGCAAUCUUUGAACGACAAAGAUAGUUUGGAAUUUGGAAAAAUACGACUGGACAGAGCGGAAGGCUAUGGCAGAGAUCUUCUGGAUCUAGACUACGAUCCGAAGGAUUUCGGAAAUGUCGUGCAAGCAGCUGCUAGAUUGAUGGAACGCCGCAAUGUCAAAUGGAAUCUGGAUAAUAUAUAUCCGGGAUUACAAAUGCGCAUCGGACCGAUGUUAAAUGGGAACGGGAUAUUAGAAUUCGUUCUUAAUGAAAGAGUUGCUUCGUACAGUGACAGACAGACGAGUACAGGAAGACAGUUGACCAGACACAUAUUACUGCCAUUUCUAUUGGGUUUCAAAUUCAAUAUGGCAUCCCUAAUCCCGCUUAUGUUCGGUUUCCUGUUAAUCGUGACCAAGAAGGCCCUCUUAUUGACGAAGAUGGCGUUGUUUCUAAUUGGUCUUUUAGGAUGGAACACGCUCUUUUCCGGGGCACCUGCAGCACCUCCUUAUUCGGCGAAUGCGUUCAAUGGUUUCCAUGCCUACGGACACGAGACACCGCCUGAUGUACACCAUCAUUAUGAUCAUCAUUUUCCGCAACGACCUUAUAGACCACUACAUGACUAUAGUCCUUAUGAUCAGCAUGUUAUUAGGGAAGUCGUCAAUGUUUACGAUGGAAAUAGCGUUUCGGGACAGGAUAGACAAAAUAAAAAAAAUUUUGUUUUUGAUUCAAACUAAUUAUUAACAUAGCUUAAAAUAUAUUAAUAAAGGAUUUAAAUAAAUUACUAGUAUAUAAACCAUGAGCAGCAUUACUGUUUAUUCUGGAUUUAAUUUUAUAUAUAUAAUAUAUGUAUGUAUAAUAUUAUUUUUUCAACAAUUCAUUCA